AGGUGACGCUUGUGCGUGAAUUUCCUGGUGCGCUGUUGCUGCAACGACUCUGGCGUUGUCUUGAGCAUGACGGAGGGGUUAUAGUCCUUGGCUUGUGUAGCUUUAUUAGUUAGCCACAUGUAGUGUGUAGCUGUCAGUUGACUUUUUGGAGCAAGCGCUUCAUUCCCAGGGAUGUAAAUACCAACUUUAGUUUUGAGAAGUUGCAGGGUGCGUAUAUAUUUUUGCAAGUUAUUUUCGUUUUUUUAAAAAAAAAAUGGAUAACCUUCACUGGUGUGGAUGUUAGCACAAGUGGUUUCGUAAAAGAUCCAAAUGGAUAAAAAUACGAGAAAAGUUCGGAAUCGGGACAUUAACCCAUGCAUUGAAGAAAGUGAUGCUUCUCAGAAGUGCUUGGAUGUGUACAACUAUGAGAAGAAAAUGUGUUCAGAGUAUUUCCAGAGAUAUAGGAAUUGCAGGAAAUACUGGCACAAUAUAAUGUUACAGAGGAGAAGAGAUGGCGUCAAACCUGACAUGCCCACUGCUGCAGAGAGACAGGAGCUGCUUGCUGCCAUGGGAGGCAAACCAUACUGAUAGCUGGCAGGAUCACGCAGGGACUCUGUGAAGACCAGCAGGCCCGGGAAAUGAAGCACAGUCCAGCACGUUCUGGUGAUACUGCUACACUGCAUUGACUGGGUGUAUACUGUGAUCCAAGGCCUGACCUGCCCUCAAGCUCAGGCCGUGUGGAAGUGAUCAUCUGUGGAUGGUUUGUGCUAAUAAAAAAGAAGGGGAAAAAAAGAAGGUGGUAUCAGACAGAUGAGAUAUAAGAUCGAUAAUGUAUUGAGGUUUAUUAAUAGUGUGACAUGAGAUGACACAAUAUGAAAAGAAUUACAUAGUUUUCCAAGCAUUUUUGUAUUUCUUUGAGUUGUUAUGGUAUUGUGUGGUAUAUUAUAAAAGCAGUUUACGUCUGCUGAGAUCCGUAGACUUCAUCAUGAAUACACAAGGUUCUGAAAAAGCCGUGUGUUCAGCUAUUAUUACUCAAUCUGUGUCGAUGACUAUUUCAGCUGUGAAAUCUCAAGCAAAUUGGACAGUAACCAAACAGAAGUGGAUUUCAACUCGCCAACACGGUUAAGUGUACACCCAGAUGGACGGACAUCCAUCACCUGUCUGUCUUUAAUAAAAUAAACAUGACAAGAA